AUGGCUUCUUCUGGAUUGGGGAACGGAGUAGGCACUUCGAGGUCUGCCAAAGGUGUGAAGACUUCUUCUAGCUCAGUCGAUUGGUUGACAAGAGACUUGGUUGAUAUGAGGAUAAGGGACAAGAUAGAGACCGAUGAUGAAAGGGAUAGUGAACCAGAUAUUAUUGAUGGGGCUGGUACUGAGCCUGGCCAUGUGAUUAGAACCACAGUCCGUGGAAGAAAUGGUCAAUCAAGACAGACUGUCAGUUACAUAUCAGAACAUGUAGUUGGUACUGGUUCCUUUGGCACGGUUUUCCAAGCCAAAUGUAGGGAAACUGGGGAGAUUGUGGCCAUCAAGAAGGUUCUGCAAGACAAGCGUUACAAGAACAGGGAGCUACAGAUUAUGCAGAUGCUGGAUCAUCCCAAUGUCGUUGCUUUAAAGCAUAGCUUCUUCUCGAGAACAGAUAAUGAAGAGGUUUACUUGAAUCUUGUCCUUGAGUUUGUGCCUGAGACCGUCAAUCGUGCUGCAAGAAGUUACAGUAGGAUGAACCAGCUGAUGCCAUUGAUAUACGUUAAACUCUACACCUAUCAGAUUUGCAGGGCACUUGCUUACAUUCAUAAUUGCUUUGGUCUUUGUCACCGCGAUAUUAAGCCUCAAAACCUGCUAGUGAACCCACAUACACAUCAGCUAAAAAUCUGUGAUUUUGGGAGUGCAAAAGUGUUGGUGAAAGGAGAACCCAAUGUUUCUUAUAUCUGUUCUAGAUACUAUCGUGCUCCAGAACUCAUUUUUGGCGCCAGCGAAUACACAACUGCAAUCGAUAUAUGGUCAACUGGUUGUGUGAUGGCUGAAUUGCUUCUUGGACAGCCUCUGUUUCCUGGUGAAAGCGGAGUUGAUCAGCUGGUUGAAAUCAUUAAGGUCUUAGGUACACCAACAAGAGAGGAAAUCAAGUGCAUGAAUCCAAACUAUACAGAAUUUAAAUUUCCACAGAUAAAACCUCAUCCAUGGCACAAGGUUUUCCAAAAACGUCUACCACCAGAAGCCGUUGAUCUUCUAUGUAGAUUCUUCCAGUAUUCCCCUAAUUUGAGAUGCACAGCUUUGGAAGCUUGUAUCCAUCCGUUAUUUGAUGAGCUAAGGGACCCAAACACUCGUCUUCCCAAUGGCCGGCCACUUCCUCCGCUUUUCAACUUCAAACCUCAAGAGCUAUCUGGCAUUCCUCCUGAAAUCGUGAACCGGCUUGUCCCAGAGCAUGCCCGUAAGCAGAACCUCUUCAUGGCUUUGCAUGCCUAA